AGUGAUUUCAGAUUCAUGUGUUUCAUAUUUGUUUUUUCUCUCUCAACAGAAGAAGUCAAAACCCAAGUUUAUUACACACCGCAGAGGCUCUAAGGUGAAAUCUGCUGAAGCUUCAGCUAAAGUCACUCCAGACUAUAAGGAUGAUUUACCGUCCUCAUCGAAACACGCGGAUCUCGUGGCUUUGGGAGAGAAGAAAGCAAGAAGAUGUGGACUGCAAACCGAAGCAGCUGCAGAAAUUCAAGCCUCCCGUGCCACGGCGACCAUCAAAGGAUAUGUCUGCAGUUGCUCUAAAAUCGAUGAGUGGUCCUCCUCUGAUGGCGGCAAAGUCCUUCUCCAAAGAUCCCUUUUUGGAAGGAGAUGUGGAUGUUGGCGCUUCAGUCCAAGUCAGUCAUCAGAUGCCAGACAUCGACACACAUCUGGAUGAUGAAGAGAGAAACACAGAGGAGACUGACGGACAGCAGAAACCGAAAAAGAAAGUGCGAGUUAAGUUUGUUCCUCACAGAGGGUUUGUUAUCGGUUUAUCCAGGGUUGACAAAGCUAAUCAUGAAACAAAGGAGGAAACACGACAUCUUAAGGAGAGUGAUGACUCUGAGCUGAAGGGAGCUUGUGGAUUCACUCCUCAUCCAGAUCUGAAGGAUGAGGACGGGUUUGAUGAUCUGAAGGGAACGUUUGGUUACAAAGCUCACGAGCUGAAGGAAGAAACAACACUGAAAACUGGAGCAGGACGGAGUCAUUCACCCAACGACGUUCAGAGUUCAUAUUCGAAUGGCUUUAUGAGUCCUCCUUCAUGGGAUUCAAAGGCGUCUGAUCUGGAGACGGAUCUCCAUAAAGCCUCGGAUCUCUUCACAGCGUCAGACGGCUAUGAGAAACAUCCGGAGAUGCCAGACUGUCGACCGAAGAAAUCACUGAAGUUUAAAGUCCCUCGCAUUCAUCGCAGACAUUCAAAGAGUACUGAAGACCCUGAGAUCAAGCAGAUCAAAGACCGUGACAUCUCAGAGAUGAAGAAGCCUCCUCUUCUUAAAGUGCCACCGCUGUCCCAUCGAGACUCAAAGAGCUUUGAAGAUGACGAGUUCCCUCAGAAGGGAGCAGAACUGUUCAAGGCAGGAGACGUGGAGCUGGCGGAGGACGCAGGCUGGGAGGAAUACACACCGGAUGAUAAACCACAGAAACCAAAAGAGACUGACACACAUCGCAGAGGGUCAAAGACUAAAGACAUGGAGGAGUUUCCUGAAGAGUUUCUGGAUCCUCCAGGCGCCACGUCUGGAGACUUUGGCCUGUCUGAAGCUGCUAAGGCUGAGUGGAUGUCGGCUCAGAUGGACAUGAGACGCCUGAGAGUGCAGGAGGAAGAGCAGCAGCAGGAGGAAGAGGAUGAUGAAGGGGACACUGACAGUCUGAUGGAGUGGUGGAAUACAGUCGUGUCUUGGGAUGAAAUACCUCCUAAUGCGACGAUAAGCUCUAAAGAAGAAGAGACCAUAUCGUUUAAAGCGGAAGCUGAUAAGGUCCACCGCGCUCUCCGCGUGUAUCUGAAGCUCUUCAUGGAGCGCGCCGAGCUGCUCUACCAGCACGUGCUGAUCUUAUAUGGCAUCGCCGACGACCUCAUCAACUUCCACCACCGCGCUAAAAUCGCAAACAUCACGGGAGGAACGACCACCGCGGUGGGAGGAGCCGCGGCCAUCGCAGGGCUGGCGCUGGUUCCCGUCACGUUCGGAGCGUCCAUCAUCAUCUCGGCCAUCGGACUGGGCGUCGCUACAGCGGGCGGCAUCACGGCCGCUUCUGCCUCCAUCUCAGACACCAUCAACAACAUGCACGACCGUAAGAAGAUAGAACUCAUCAUCAUGGACUACGAGGCCCAGCUGGUGGAAAUGCAGCGCUGUUUGCGAUUCAUCAUUGAAGGUCUUUGUCGAUUGCGCUCUCAUCCGCUGCUGCGACGGAACAACUACUACACCGGUGACUGGGAGGUACGACGGGCCCUACAGACCAUUAGCUUAGUUAAUGACCCGGUAGAUCAGGCGGAAGAAAUCAUUAGCCUCACGCUGGCCAAGUUAGCCAGUCUGCAGAAAGGAAUAGACAAGUACUUCACCAAAGACUCGAAAGAGGUGAAGAAGGGCUGUAAGAAGGAGGUGACAGCUGAAGUGAGGAGCCUGGCCAAACAGCUUCACGAAGGUUUAGCGGAGCUCAACUCCAUCAGAGAACAACUGCUCGACGCAAGUGGAAACAUCUAGUAAAUGUCAAGAUUUUGGUUCCAGCUGUCUGCACUUGCCAUUGGCUGUCUCUGCAAUGCUUUGCUGCUCAUUUGCAUAAAACGGAAUGGUGAUUCUCAGCAAGUUCCAACUCUCAAUGAGAUUAGAUGAAGUCCAGAUGCUGUGUUGAUGCAAAUGGCUGUCAGUGUGAAUGCAUCUUACAACUGAACCAUAACUGGACUCAGCUAUUGAAUUAAGUUCUCAUGUAAUGAGAUCUCCAAUGAUCUACAUGAUUUCUCCACAUAUGAGACUUGUAAAAAUGUAAGCAUGACGUUUUUCAAUUUGAACCUCAGUUCCCAUCGUGUUUUACCGUGUGGUUCCAAUCAUGAUUGCUGUACGACCUGAGAACAGUCUUCUAAAUUAUCUUCUAAAUUAUAAAUUAAUCUGCCUAUUUUUUUAUGUAUCAUUGUUCGCAGACAUUUGUAACUUGAAUGUGUGUGGCUUCAUUUUCUUCCAGUUAUUUUAUCUGUACAAAACAACUUGUGAUGUUAUUCAUAUUCAUAAACACGCUGGUUUGUAUCGCGAAUACUUCUAGCCUACCCUACACUUUAUUAUUCUUGUAGGCAGUUUACCGAUAGUGGCUAAAGAAUCAGAAGUCUCGCACAUUAAGAUUCCAAAUUCAUUCACGUUGCAAAGUAAGGAUAUGACUCCACAUUGUAUUGUACAACUGUACCGCUGGGGUCACAGUUUGCGGUUAAACUCCAGUUUUUGUUCACAAUCCUGUUCUGCAUAUGGUGAGAGUGAAGCCACAGACAAAAUACUUUUAUGUCCUUGGAGAUUUUACGUUUUGGAAGAAGUGCUUUUUUUAUGUAACACUUGUCAUAUGCUCUUGUUUUGCACAUUUACAACCUUAAAACUGUUACACAAAAAGAAAGUUAUUUCAUGUUUUGACAUGAUAUUGUGCAAUACAGCAACUGAUUGAUGAUUACAUUCAUGGAGAUAUUUUAAUAAAAUUGCUUCCUGGGUAAAUAAAGAACAUCUCGGAUCAAACGCUAUACAUUUAACCCUAUAAACCAUGCAAAUUUUCUAAGCAGUGAGGGACGAGGUCAAGUUCUCUUUGAAAAUCACAAUUCUGUUCAACACGCUGAGUGAUCAUGUGCUUUUUUCAAGCAGAAGAGUCGGUGGACUUGUGAAAGAUGGGGCGGUUGGGUUUCUUCUCACCUCAGGCAUUGAACGUGCUGUUUGUUUAGUUUCAUGUUUUAGUACUUUUCUUACGCAAGAAGACAGCCUUUUUGUAGCGGAACGGCUGCGAAUGGAAUGGCUGCUUUUAAAUGUUUUAGAACAUUGAAGACCGCAGCAUUCUGUGUUAGUAUUUGUUUGUUUGUUUGCUUUUCUUUUGGAAAAGAAUUGAAAGAGAAGACAGUCACAAUCUGGGGUGUAUUCCCGAAAGGAGGUUCAGCAAACUCUGAGUUAAAACUUGAACUCUGAGUUGACUUACCCUGAGAUUGGAAACUCUUGAGUUUUCGGUUUUUAGAACAGCUGAACAGAGUUAGUUCAAUCCACUCUGAGUAGGUUGACUCUGAGUUUAGCAC